AUGAUUUUCACCUUCCCACCCCUACAGACUACAGCUCCACCACCAUAUAACCCUGGCAAUAAUUUUCUUGGUGGAAAUUACAAUCUGCAGUCUCCGCAACCUCCAGCACCUCCGCAAGUGCCUGCGGUAACACCGUACGUCACUUCCGAAGAUUCGAAUAUGGUUGAUUAUGAGGAUGAUGGCCUGCAGAGCCCACCAGUCAGUGUUCCCAAUAUUGUAAGUUUUUAUUCUUCUCUUCUCAUUGUAUCCAUUCAACAUUAGAC